AUGGGCGUCAACAAGCGACUCGAUUCAUUUGUAAGAGACUCUAUUUUUACAGAUCAUUUGACACUGAUGGAAAGAUCUGUCAAUGAUUCUAUCUCACCAUUACCUGAGAAAAUACUUCGUCAAUUUUACUCAAAACUUUUACGUAAAAUUUAUUAUAAAAUUCAAUCGCUGGACGUCGAAUCUUCUUCUGUAGAACGGAUUCUCUCGGAAUAUUAUACAAAUCUACGUCGACUCGGAUUAUAUGAUACUCGAAAAAAAAAACUAACGGAAUUAUUGACCACUCGAAAANUCUUAUUUUAUGGUUAUCAACCUUCCAGUAACUGCUCGCGUCCUUCUAUCAUCGGCGUUCGUCCAAAUAGAGCGUGUAUUGGAGUUCCAUAUAAUGUUCAAUUGAAUGAGACUAUUAUGGUACAAACAUAUUGUCCUAAUCAGACGAUCGUUGAUUUUAUCACUGCUUCACCAUAUGGAAUGACACACAGUGCUAUCAACCACAUAAGUCCUUAUACAUGGACGAUGACAUUGACAUGGACACCUGAUCCAUUACAGUCUGGUCCACAAGGUUUUUGUGCUGCUGCUCUUGAUAACAGCAAUUUACAAUCCGAUCCAUGGUGUCUUACCUAUCUAGUAAACUAUGACUCACCAGAUCUAAUUCGUCCUAAAGUUGUACAAGGAUCAGCAAGUCCAGUAGGCACUGUCUUCCAAAAUCAAUCCAUGUUCCUCAUACAAGCAACAAGUUUAGUUGGUCGUCCAUCUCGUAACGGAACAAACAUUUGUUUUAUAAAUGCAGCUACAAACGUAUCAGCUGGCUGUUAUGAUGCUGGAUAUGCGCCUAACAUAGUUUAUACAGGAUAUACAAUUGUCAUUACUACAAAUAUUACUUGGGCAACCGGUCAAUUCUACUAUAUUACCAUGGACAGUGGAUUUGCCAGUGGAAGUGUUUUCUGUCAUGCGGAAUCGGCACCGAUCACUGAUCCAUCAUUUUGGCGAUUCAAUAUCUGGGAUCCAGCAGUUUCUAGUACAACUACAACUACUACCACACCGUUCACAACUGCAACAGUGACAACAAAACCAACAUCAACAACAAGCAUCAAUACUCUUUUGACAACCACAGGUAUUGUGAUAACAACAACGACUCCUGCCACAACAACUGCAGCAUCUACAACUGCUGCACCUUCAACGACGACGACGACAGCGACUUCAACUACUUCAGUUACCACAAGUGACACCGUUGUUGUCAUCAAUCCACAAGAUCUGGUAUAG